GCGCGGAGCGAGGCGGCGGCGGCGCGGCGGGGCCGGGCCCGGGCCCCCCCCGGGCUGGGUGCUGGCCUAGGCCCUGACUCCCUGAAGAGAGAUGAAGAAACCGAGAUUCAGAGAGGUUCAGACACUUGCCCGAGGUCACACAGCUAGUCUUACCUCCCGCUCCUCCUGCCUUCUUACUGCACCAUGGCUCCCGGCCCCAUGUCUUGGGCGCUCCUCUCGCCGCCACCUGCUGCCCUGUCCUUUCUGCUGCUGCUCUGGGCCGGGGCAUCUCGCGGUCAGCCCUGUCCUGGCCGUUGCAUCUGCCAGAACGUGGCGCCCACACUGACCAUGCUGUGUGCCAAGACCGGCUUGCUCUUCGUGCCACCGGCCAUCGACCGGCGCGUGGUGGAGCUCCGGCUCACGGACAACUUUAUUGCGGCUGUCCGCCGCCGGGACUUCGCUAACAUGACCAGCCUGGUGCACCUCACCCUCUCCCGCAACACCAUCGGCCAGGUGGCGGCCGGCGCCUUCGCCGACCUCCGCGCACUCCGCGCCCUGCACCUCGACAGCAACCGUCUGGCCGAGGUGCGUGGUGACCAGCUGCGCGGCUUGGGUAACCUCCGCCACUUGAUCCUUGGGAACAACCAGAUCCGCAGGGUGGAGUCGGCCGCCUUCGACGCCUUCCUGUCCACCGUGGAGGACCUGGAUCUGUCCUACAACAACCUGGAGGCCCUGCCGUGGGAGGCGGUGGGUCAGAUGGUAAACCUGAACACUCUCACGCUGGAUCACAACCUCAUCGAUCACAUUGCCGAGGGCACCUUCGUGCAGUUACACAAACUCGUGCGUCUGGACAUGACCUCCAACCGUCUCCAUAAACUCCCGCCCGACGGGCUCUUCCUGAGGUCCCAAGGGAGCGGGCCCAAGCCACCCACACCGUUGACGGUCAGCUUUGGUGGCAACCCUUUGCAUUGUAACUGUGAGCUGCUCUGGCUGCGGCGGCUGACCCGGGAGGAUGACCUGGAGACCUGCGCUACCCCCGAGCACCUUACGGACCGCUACUUCUGGUCCAUCCCCGAGGAGGAGUUUCUGUGCGAGCCCCCACUGAUCACCCGGCAGGCGGGGGGACGGGCCCUGGUGGUUGAGGGCCAGGCGGUCAGCCUGCGCUGCCGGGCUGUGGGUGACCCUGAGCCCGUGGUGCAUUGGGUGGCACCUGACGGGCGGCUGCUGGGGAACUCCAGCCGGACCCGGGUUCGGGGGGACGGGACACUGGAUGUGACCAUCACUACCUUGAGGGACAGCGGUAUUUUCACUUGCAUUGCCUCCAAUGCAGCGGGGGAAGCCACCGCUCCCGUGGAGGUUUGCGUGGUACCUCUGCCGCUGAUGGCACCCCCGCCGGCUGCACCACCGCCUCUUACAGAGCCUGGCUCUUCCGACAUUGCCACGCCGGGCAGACCUGGUGCCAACGAUUCAGCUGCGGAGCGCAGGCUCGUGGCGGCUGAGCUCACCUCAAGCUCCGUGCUCAUCCGCUGGCCGGCUCAGAGGCCGGUGCCCGGCAUCCGCAUGUACCAGGUCCAGUAUAACAGCUCGGCGGAUGACUCCCUGGUCUACAGGAUGAUUCCGUCCACUAGCCAGACCUUCCUAGUGAAUGAUCUGGCGGCAGGUCGCGCCUAUGACUUGUGCGUGCUGGCAGUCUACGACGACGGGGCCACCGCUCUGCCAGCCACCAGAGUGGUGGGCUGCGUGCAGUUCACCACGGCCGGGGAUCCCGCGCCUUGCCGCCCGUUGAGGGCCCAUUUCUUGGGUGGCACCAUGAUCAUCGCCAGGGGCGUCAUCGUCGCCUCGGUCCUCGUGUUCAUCGUUCUGCUCAUGAUUCGCUACAAAGUGUAUGGCGGGGACAGCCGCAGAGUCAAGGGCACCUCCAGGUCGCCCCCGCGGGUCAGCCACGUGUGCUCGCAGACCAACGGCGGCGCAGGCGCGCAGCAGGUCCCGGUUCCACCUGCUCAAGACCACUACGAGGCCCUGCGCGAGGUGGCCACCCCGGCUGCUGCCGCCGUCGCUGUGGAGGCGAAGGCCACCGCGGCCGAGGCGGCUUCCGCGGAGCCAGAGGCAGCCCUAGGACGCUCUCUGGGCGGCUCAGCCACUUCGCUGUGUCUGCUGCCGUCGGAGGAAACUUCUGGGGAGGAGUCUCGGGUCGCGGCAGGUCCUCGGAGGAGCCGUUCAGGGGCCCUAGGGCCUCCAGCUUCAGCGCCCCCGACUUUAGCUCUGGUUCCUGGGGGGGCUACGGCCCGAUCAAGGCCGCAGCAGCGCUAUUCCUUCGACGGGGACUACGGGGCGCUCUUCCAGAGCCACAGUUACCCGCGCCGCGCCCGGCGGACAAAGCGCCACCGGUCCACGCCGCACCUGGACGGGGCCGGGGGCGCGGCCGGGGAGGAUGGAGACCUUGGGCUGGGCUCCGCCAGGGCACGCCUGGCCUUUACCAGUACCGAGUGGAUGCUGGAGAGUACCGUGUGAGCGGCGGGCGGGCAGACGCCCAGCUGCUGGGACGCUGGGGCGGGACGCGGGGAGGAGCGCACGCCAGCUCGUGGGA